GCCUGUCAACAAUAUUUACCACAGCUUACAAUUUGGGGUAAUUCCCUAACUCCUUUUCAAGCUUGAGGGAACUGUACAAAACCGCUUUGUGCACAUGGGAUAACUUUUACCUGUAAGCACUGGUCAAUAAGACAGUUAUUUCGUUUCCUUUUGUGAGCUUAAUCUUCUUGUCAUCAAAAGAAUUAUAUCAUUUUGUUUUAUCUGUUUAGAAAUUUCAAAGACCUUUCCAAAAUUGUACAUAGUUUCUAGAUACAGUAAAAUUAAUGUAAAUGAAGGUUCUAUCGAUAAAAAUUUCAUAAAGUGUUAUAACCAACUUCAUAUCUAUGACGUAACUGUUUCUAUUUUCCUUUUAAAAGUAAAUACAUACAUAUUACAGUAAAUUAUUACGAGAAACUAUUUUACAUUUACAGCUCAAUAUAUUUUCCCCACUCGUUUAGAAGAUACACAGACAAAGCCAAGUGAUAGAGUCUCAACAACGCUCCACGACAACAUUAGCAGAAAUCUUUCAAACACUGAUACAAGUAAACACAUUAUCAAUAAGAACAAAACUGAUACAGACAAAUUGAAAAAAGAAGAUACAACAAUAAACAAGCGUGAUAAAAGCGAAAUGCAUAACACAGUUCUAAGCCGCAAAAAAAUUGUUCAGAUUGUAGCUUAUAUGAGAUCAGGUUCGACGCUAACGGGAUCUGUAUUUCAAGCAUAUCCUGACACAUUCUAUUCUUUCGAGCCACUCAGAUUUCUACCAAAGGCCUUUGACGAAUUAAACACUAUUAAGACACACGUGGAACUGAAAUACAUAAAUGGAACAAAGAGGAAGUACUCAGCUUCGGAGAAAGAGGCAGUAAUUGCGAACGAAAUUAAUGGUUGGUUAAACUGCAAGCUUGAAUCUAUAAGUACACUAAGUCUUAAAACCGGCCUUAACAGACAUUUCAUGAAGUAUAAGAGUAUGUUUCACCAUUGUAGUAAAAAAUACAUAUGUAAAAGCUGUCUGCAAAUGGCAAUACGAUCUUGUCAUAAAACACCUCUUGUGGCGCUUAAGUUUAUACGACUGAGAAUGAAGGAGAUUGCAAAGUUGUUACAUUUCUAUCCAAAUAUGAAAAUAGUUCAUCUUGUUCAUGAUCCAAGAGGAAUUUUCAACUCUAGAAUGAAUAGCAAGGCCAUAACUGCAAACAAUUAUCAAACGAGUGUACAAUUAGUCUGCAUUAAUAUAACGGAAGAUGUUAAGUCUUCGAAAAAUAUACAACAAACAUAUCCAGAUAAGGUGAAGAUUUUACACUACGAGGACCUAGCUGAGUGUCCAUUAGAAACUGCACGAUCUUUAAUUGAAUUUGUAGGUCUCAAGUUUGUAAAAUCUGUGCAAAAUCACAUCGAGCAACAGACAAAUGCAUCGCAUGAUGCAGGUGCAUUUAAUACUAAAAGGAAAAAUUCUACUAAAACAGCCAGUAAAUGGCGGUCUUUUUUUUUGGUUUUUUUUUUUUGUUUUGGGUUUAACGCCGUUUUUCAACAGUAUUUCAGUCAUGUAACGGCGGGCAGUUAACCUAACCAGUGUUCCUGGAUUCUGUACCAGUACAAACCUGUUCUCCGCAAGUAACUGCCAACUUCCCCACAUGAAUUAUCUGAGGUGGAGGACUAAUGAUUUCAGACACAAUGUCGUUUAUCAAAUAGUCACGGAGAACAUACGCCCCGCCCGAGGAUCGAACUCGCGACCCCGCGAUCCGUAGACCAAGGCUCUUACCUACUGAGCUAAGCGGGC